AUGGAAGUUCAGCUUAGUACUAUAGAAAUAUUUCAAAAUGUACUUAAUUAUACUCAUAGAGGUACAAACAAACAAAUACGAUUAAAUGUUGAUUCGCUUUCGUCGGAAAUCUCCAAAUCAAAAUCCUACAUAGACGGUACUUCUAUCCCUCGUCCUCAUAUCGCCGAGAAACAACCGCACCCAAUCGUUCAAGUAGUAAAUGAUGAUUGUUUAAAUCAUGCACUCAAAUUAAAACGUGAAGGAUACGACUCUAUUGUAUUAAAUAUGGCAAAUGCUGAAGUUCCUGGUGGUGGUUACCUCUAUGGUGCCGCUGCCCAGGAAGAAAAUUUAUUUCGCAGAACAAAUCUAUUUCAAUAUCAUGAACAAAAAAAACAUGAAUGGUAUCCUAUUCCUUUAUAUGGUGGUAUUUAUUGUCCUAAUUCUACCGUUAUUAGAGCCAGUGAACAAGAAAAUUAUGAAUUCUUGGAAAACCCCGAAAAAAUGUCUUUUGUGGCUGUUGCUGCCAUAUGUGAUCCUAAACUUGAAACUGAGAAUGAUGAAUAUACCUUGAAUGAACAAGACAAAGAAACAACUCGAAGAAAAAUUCGCACGAUUUUAAACAUCGGAUUAGAUAACGGUCAUGAUGCGAUUGUAUUAAGUGCAUUUGGAUGUGGGGCAUUUUCAAAUCCACCUUCAACAAUGGCUCGAUUAUUUUAUGAAAUCAUUAGUAAAGAAUACUUUGGAGAUAAAGAAAAUUUACCUAAAACAUAUAAAAAUAUUUCUUUUGCUAUCUUUGAUGAUGAAAAUGCUAAAAAAUGGAAAAAUAACGAAGGUAAUUUUUUACCAUUUAAAAAGGUAUUUGCUAAUGGAAUUUAA